ACAAUAGAAAAACUCCUAAAAACGUGAUGUGAAAAAUUCAUCUAGUGAAUAUAAAGUUUGUUCCUUCAGGAAACACUUCAGAGAAGACCUGAAUUUCACCGAGUUUUGAAUUUGCCUUAUUCUUGCGGGAAGAUGAUUGUACACUCUGCAUCCCAAAAUGCUGAAACUUCUCUGAAUCUGGGUUAGUCGUGUAUAGGGAACCCUUACGAUUCCGUCAACAGAAGCUCUUGUAGCACAUCGGGAACCAUGUCUUGUUCACAUUCAGGAUAAGUCCAUUAUUAUGGCAAUAGCCUCUCAUCGCCUCAAAACAACAUCUAGCUCUAAGGGCCAGCUCACCUACACUUUUGGCCUUCAUGAGGACAGAAGUAUCAUCCACAUACUGGAUCACACUACCAUAUGAUCCAAGGCAUAGAACACUAUCGUCCGCCAUCAAGAUGUACAAGGCAGGACCAAGUGUACCCCCCUGCGACACACCAGACGAGAGCACCCUCAAGGAAGACAGCACCUCCACACCGUUCUCCGUCAGCUUCACCUUCUGCGACCUGUUGGUAAGAUAUGAAACCAACCAUUCAUUAACGACACCCCGCAAACCCAUACGAUCCAGUUUCGACAAUAACACAGCUAUGUUCACAGUUUCGAAAGCACGGCUCAUAUCGAAAGAAAGCAUCAUGCAGCACAUGCCAUUCUCAAAGCCCUCCUGAAUAUCGCCGUACAAGGAUAUCAUGGCAUCCUCAGUGCUCCUACCCUUUCGGAAACCAAACUGUCUGGCAGACAGCAAUCCGCAACGAUCAAUGAACCCGUUAAGUCUAACCAGGAACAGCUUCUCGAUAGCUUUCGAGAAUACCGACAACAGGGCCACCGGCCUGUAAUUUUCAA